AUGUCUCGGCAAGAAGCUCAGCCCUACGACCACGCCCUCGACGUCCGUGAUCUCACAUAUUCUUGGAAAGAGGGAGAUGAUCCCGUCCUCCAAGGGGUGGAGAUACAGCUGAAGAAAGGGGAGAGGUGUCUGCUUCUCGGCGCGAAUGGAGCCGGAAAGUCGACACUGCUCAGAAUUCUGGCCGGUAAACGCUUGACCAAGACGAAGCACUGCCGGAUCCUCGGACAAGAUGUCUUUAUGAACCCUCCGGGUGGCGUGGUCUAUCUGGGCACAGAAUGGUCUACCAACCCCGUCGUGCGCUCCGAUAUCGUCGUUUCCCAUUUCCUCGACUCUGUCGGUGGUUAUCGACACAAAGCGCGACGAGACCGUCUAUUAGCGCUCCUGGAUGUCGACUUGGACUGGCACAUGCACCAGAUCUCUGACGGCGAGCGAAGACGAGUGCAGCUCUGUAUGGGGCUCAUGGGGGAGUGGGACGUCCUUCUUUUGGACGAAGUCACCGUCGACCUGGAUGUACUCGUGAGGGCAGACUUGAUCGACUUUUUGAUCUCGGAAAGUGAGGAGCGGGGAGCCACUAUCGUCUAUGCGACGCAUAUCUUUGACGGUCUCAAGAAGUUCCCCAACAAGAUCUGCCACAUGCAGCUCGGUGGCACCCCUCGCGGUCUCGUCCCAUGGCCCCCUCUCCACGCCGACAAAGAUGUCGGACAAGAGGAUCUGUGCACGUUGGCGCUGGGAUGGUUGAGGGAAGACAGAGAUCUGAGGAGGGAGGCGGAGAAGGCCAAGGGGAAGGUGAGGGGGCCGAAGACUGAUACGAAGGAUAGAGUGGCUUUCUACGAGAAGUACGAUUACUCCCACUAG